GGUAUCAGAGCCAAGGUGCAGAGCUCGGGUGAUCUGUUUGAAGUUCCGUUAUUUGAUGGAAGAGCGGACUUCAUGUUGUGGCAAUGCAUGAUUCAAGACUAUUUGGUCCAGCAAGGUCUUGAUUUAGCAUUGCAAGAUGAGAAGCCAAGUGAUAUGAAAGAAUCAGAGUGGAGUACAAUCCAGAAGAAGGCUGUCAGCACAAUUCGGUUGGCACUGUCCCCACAGAUUAAAGUGACAGUGUUGAAAGAGACGUCACCAAAGAAGCUGUGGGAAACGUUGGAGAGCAAGUUUGCGUCGAAGACACUUACUAACCGGUUGAUGAUGAGGAUGGACUUGUACUCACUGAAGAUGGAAGAGGGAGGUAGCGUAAUUGAUCACAUCAACAAGUUUAAUGAGCAAGUAUCAAGGCUGUUAAAUGCAGGGGAGACUAUCAAGGAUGAAGAGCAAGGGCUGCUUCUACUGGCUUCACUACCAAAAUCCUUUAAGCCGUUUGUGCAGUCAAUGAUAGCAGGAAGGACUACACUGCGACUAGAUGAGAUUAAAGUGACAGUGCUGAAAGAGACAUCACCAAAGAAGCUGUGGGAAACGUUGGAGAGCAAGUUUGCGUCGAAGACACUUACUAACCGGUUGAUGAUGAGGAUGGACUUGUACUCACUGAAGAUGGAAGAGGGAGGUAGCGUAAUUGAUCACAUCAACAAGUUUAAUGAGCAAGUAUCAAGGCUGUUAAAUGCAGGGGAGACUAUCAAGGAUGAAGAGCAAUGGCUUCUUCUACUGGCUUCACUACCAAAAUCCUUGAAGCCGUUUGUGCAGUCAAUGAUAGCAGAAAGGACUACACUGCGACUAGAUGAGGUGAUGACUGCCUUGAAGGAGAGUCAAAGGAUGAUAGGAGGUGAAGAGUCUUCAGGGGACAGUCAUUUACUAGCUGCUGUGAGUGUUGAGAAAGGGAGGAAGAAGAAGAGUGACCAACUUGGGAGAAGAUCUCAGCUGAGAGACAUGAGCACUGUUAGGUGCUAUUACUGUGAAAAGUUGGGUCACACGAAGAACGGUUGUCCAGAAGUCAAGGAGGACUUGCAAAUCCUAAAGGAGAAGAAGGGCAAAUCGAAGGAAGCUUCUUUCGCAAAUGUGAUCACUUAUGAAGAUGAUCUCCUCUGAAGAUAAGAGUACUGCUGGACAGAAGAUUCUGCAGAAUGGGAAUAUCGCUGCAAAAAUCGCAAAUGAUGUAGGACUUUGAAUUAAGGGGAGAUUUGUUGAGUGUUACUUCAAAGUCCCACAUCGGUGGGAUAGGAAAAUUGAGGAGGGAUUGGAGCCUAUAAAUAAAGAGGGGAUGUAGGC